GUUGUAGUCUUCCUCCCACCUUAGAGCCCCGUCCUUCGGGCUAGAAGAGCAGGGGAGGGAAGAUGGCGUUCGUGCUGCCAAAAAGAGCGGGGAUAACGCUCAAACAGGUGAAGAGUAUCCUCGUCCGCUUCUGCCCUUUCGAAUCCAAUGUGGAAAGCACCAGAAAUUUCCUUCAGUGUUUAUUUGCAAAGAAAGCCUACACAUCCAAUGUUAACUGUGACUUGAAAACAGACAUACGGCAUGAUGGAUCAGAACCAGUAAUUGACAUCAGAUUUGUUGAUGGUGACAGACUGAUUAUGAAAGGAGCCAAUUUGACAAUCAGAGAAAUGUUAAAUGCAUUCAACUCAAAAUGUGAAGCCAAAGAACUUGCACUUCAAGUGAAGGCUCAGAAAAAAGCUGCCUGAAAACCAACAAAGAAACAGUCAAUAUGUUUAAUAUGAAAACCAGCUAACAACAUUUCCAUUCAGAAUGAUAGUGAAGAUUCUAAUGAAUGAAACGUGGAAACGUGGAUAUGGACAGAAUGCAGACCAGUUCUGACAAAUAACUGAAGGAUUUAUUUGAACUUUUGGUUAAAGAUAAAAUUGAGCUCUUUUACAGAUACCUGAUAUUGGUUAACAAAGUUGUUCCAAGUAGAUGCAGAGUCCGUCGCCUGAAAUCAUGUGUUUUGCCAGUCAGCUGAUAACGUUUCUGGACGCAAAACGUAUUUUAAUUAUUAAGAAGGGUUUAUUAAGCUUAAACACUUGCCUAGCACUGAAUGUUAUAGACUCCAAAUGUUGUUAUUGCUUAUGCAGUAAAUUGCAGGAUUUUUGAUAGGCUACAGUCUUCAUAAGCACUGGCGCUGUUGUCGACUGACUGAAACAAAUGCUUUGAGCACCGCCUUAGCUAUGACAUGAUAGUUUGUUGCAAAAUACUGUAUUUUGGUGUUCUGCUACAGCAGGUGAAUUGUAGUCACUCUUCCCCAUUUGAUUGCUAGUAGUAAGAAAAUGAAUUGGUUUCAGGGUUCUGUCUUCAAAUUAAAAUCACACAAAAGGAAUAUCUGUUGCUUUUGUGGAUGAAAUGGUCCUAGAUGCACAAUUUGAGAUGGGGUCAUUCUAGGUAAAGUAACAAAGAUUCCUUUUUCUAGCUCUAGUGACUUCAGUUUUUUCAGAGUGAACAUUUUUGGAAUAAAACCUUGCUGCUUA